GUAACAUGCGUACUGUUGAUCAAUUUUUUAGAUAAGAAAUAUUCAUUGCCAGAAUAAAAUGGGUUAGAAUUUGUGAUCAGCUAACAAACAGAAAGACAGCAUAUAAGGACGAAAAUGGCUCAGUCAUCUGGUACUGGUAGCAACACUAGAAAGAAGCUCAUUCGAAUUGAUGUCAGUUCAGACAGUGUUUGCCCCUGGUGCUUUGUGGGCAAAAGAAACCUGGACAAAGCUAUUGCUGAAUCCAAGGAUCAAUUUGAUUUUGAGAUUAAAUGGCAUGCAUUUUUCCUUGAUCCUUCUGCACCAAAGGAAGGAGUUAAUAAAAGAGAAUACUAUGAGAGGAAGCUUGGGUCUCGAGCUCAAGGAAUUCUAGCUCGGAUGACUGAGCUUUUUAGGAAUCUUGGAUUGGAAUAUGACAUGUCUGGACUCACGGGAAAUACCCUUGAUAGUCACAGGCUGAUCUAUUUUGCUGGAAAACAAGGUCUUGAUAAGCAGCAUAAUCUUGUGGAGGAGCUUUAUGUAGGCUACUUCACCAAGGGAAAAUACAUUGGUGAUCGGGAGUUUCUUCUGGAAUCCGCUAGGAAGGUUGGAGUUGAAGGAGCAGCAGAGUUUCUUGAAAAUCCUAAUAAUGGAGUCAAAGAGGUUAAUGAGGAGCUGGAGAAGUACUCUGCAAACAUUUCUGGAGUCCCAAAUUACACGAUAAACGGGAAGCACCAGUUGAGUGGUGGCCAACCACCUGAAGUGUUCGUGAGAGCUUUUAAAGUGGCGGCAAAAUGACAUUGCCUCAGACUUUGACCUGAUAAAGAAGCAAUAAAGUGGAUUUUUAACAAACUCAAUUUCAUUGUAGGUGUUUAUGGAUUUUAUUUAUUAGUUAAAAAAUAUGAAAGUUUAUGCUUACAUACAUAAAUCAGGAGAGUAUUUAGGCAAAAUAUAUGUCAGUAGACUUUGUUCUAUUCGUACACAAUCAAGGUUGGAUAUACAUGGUGCAAUUGCUAUGGACCUGUCAAGUUCCUGAGCACAAUAACAUACCAAAACAGUUUGUAUAUUUCUCAAACAGGUUGUUCCCAUACUUUAUGUUCUUAAUAGAUUGUAUCAUUUGUGAUGGGGAAUGAUUUGUCAAGGGAGCUCCGUCCAUUUUUUUUCUUUAAAUAUAAACUAGUCGCCUCAGAUACUCCACCAUGGAUAACUUUAAUCCCAAUUCUUCUGGAUCAGAGCAAAUAAUUAAGAGAAACUGCCGCUGAGAGCAUAUGAUUUUUCCUACUAAUCUGUACAUCUACUGAACAACAUUUUCAUUGAACUCUGAAAUACACUCUAAUAUCUUCUUCUAGCUGAUUUCGUGAUGCCAAACCGGACCUUAUCUAUUUCAUAUCUAACUGCCAGGACCUUAUCUAUUUCAUAUCUAACUGCCGAAAUUAUCACAAUCUGCAUUUGGAAGGAAAGGAUAGAAUGCCUUCUUAGUUCUUUCCUACAUUAAAUGGCAAACCAUUGCCCGCAAAGUAACAAUAUCGUAAGAGGAAAUGGUCCUGAAGUAUCUUUUGUUUUUUUUUUUUUUAAAUUACAAGUGAAAAAAUUUAAAUCUUAAACCCAUAAAUAUCAUUUCUAAAAAAUGACUAAACUUCAAGUUCCAGAAUAAGGAAUCUUUGAACAUUAAGGACAGUAUAUGUGGAAGAAAUGACAAUGUCAUUUCUCUUGAUUUGACAGAGUAACAAUUCCACCAGGGAAACUAUGCUCAUGGGGAGAAGUAAUCCUCUUUAAAUCUUAACAUCUCUUUCUUCUCUACCUCCUUAUUUCCUACAUUAAUCUUAACCAGGCAUAUAAAAUACCAAAGUAAUCAUGAAUGAAAAUUUUGGGAUACAUCAUAGCUUCCUCAGAUCCACACUU